AUGUCAUCCAUCAUCCCCAUCCGCGGAACAUCUCUCCGAAAUUUCAAUCUUCUCCUCCAGACAGCCCCGCGCUUGGUCAACUCUCAGUUCCGUCCCCAUACCACCUCCUCCAAUCCAUCUUCCGUCAAUCCCAUUGAAGUCUCUCAUUUCAACGCUCUCGCCUCAACAUGGUGGGAUCCUCAUGGUUCCUCGAGACUACUUCACCUCAUGAAUCCCCUCCGUCAUGAUUUCAUCAAACGUUGCCAUGCCACCCAACCCACACCCGUAGCAAAAGAAGGUCUGCGAUAUCUAGACAUUGGCUGCGGAGGAGGAAUCUUCGCCGAGAGCGCCGCGAGAUUGGGCAGUACAGGAACGGUCCUCGGAAUAGAUCCCACUCCAGAGGUUUUGGCGGUGGCGCGCAAACAUGCCAGACAAGAUCCUGGCUUACAAGGGAAGCUCGAGUACCGGAACAUGUCUAUAGAAGGCCUCCCCAAGCCUACCUCUCUCAACGAGCAAUACGAUGUCCUGACUCUCUUUGAAGUCAUCGAACAUAUCACCCACCCCGCCGACUUCCUGGAUGCGUGUAGAGACCAUGUGAAGCCCGGUGGAUGGGUUAUUUUGAGUACAAUAGCAAGGACUUGGACCAGCUGGUUUACGACCAAAUUAAUGGCGGAGGAUGUGGCAGGAAUUGUACCCAAAGGGACACAUGACUGGGGUAAAUACAUCAAUGAGGAAGAGUUGAGGGCAUACUUUCUGGGCGAGCAAGGGAUGAGAAGUCCGCCAGGGUGGAAUGGUCCGCAAGUGAUGGGCGUACUCUAUGUUCCCGGAGUGGGUUGGAGAUCGGUAACUGGAAGUGAGAAGGUGGGAAAUUACUUUUUUGGCAUCAGGAGAGACGAAUAA